AUGUCGGUAGGCGACAGUGGCAGCGGCCCGGGCCCGGGUAGCGGCGGCAGUGGCGGAAGUGGGGGCGGCAGUGGGUCCGAGGGCGGCGACGGGGCCGGCGGCGGCAGCGGCGGCGGCGGCGGGAGCGGGGGCAGCGGUGGUGGGAGCGACGGUGGCGGUGGUGACGGCGGGGGCGCGGCGGGCCCCGCGGACGGGGGCGGCGGCGCCGGCAGCGGCCUAAUCGGCGGCCCCCAGGCCGACGGCGACCUCCUGUUCGGCUUCGAGGAGAUGAUGAGGGACUUCGGGGGCCCGUUCAACGCCUCCUUCAACGAGAGCAUCUUCUCGUGGAACGCCAGCCUGUACAACGAGACCUACAUCGUCCUGGGCGAGGGCAUGUACCCCUCCGGCUAUAGCCUCCCCCAGGUGGUCCUCGGCUCCAUCUUCGUUACCGUCCUCAUGAUCGUCAUCGUCGUCGGCAACAUGCUCGUCAUCAUCGCCAUCGCUACCGAGAAGGCCCUCAAAAACAUCCAGAACUGGUUCAUCGCCAGUCUGGCUGUCGCUGAUUUCUUUCUGGGCCUCGUCAUCAUGCCCUUCUCCCUCGCCAACGAGAUCAUGGGCUACUGGAUAUUCGGGUACUGGUGGUGCGACAUCUACUCCGCGAUGGACGUCCUCCUCUGCACCGCCAGCAUCAUGAACCUCUGCCUCAUCAGCCUGGACCGCUUCUGGAGCAUCACCCAGGCCGUCGACUAUCUGAAGAAGAGGACCCCUGCCAGGGCGGCGCUCAUGAUCGCCCUCGUCUGGCUCCUGUCGGCCCUCGUCUGCAUCCCCCCGCUCCUCGGAUGGAAGAGGCCCAGCCCCGAGGAGGAGUUCCCCAAGUGCAGGCUAUCGGAGGACAUAGGCUACGUCCUCUACUCCGCGCUGGGCAGCUUCUACAUCCCCUCGUGCAUCAUGGUCUUCGUCUACAUCCGCAUCUACUUCGCGGCGAAGGCGCGGGCUCGGCGGGGGAUCCGGAAGCAGCCGCGGCCGCGGCCGACGCAGCCGCCGGAGUCGCCGGACGUGCGGCAGACCAGCUUCACGCAGAGCACGCCGGCCACGGAGACCAGGAGGACCCCGGGGUCCGCCCUGGAGAACGUGGCCACCAUCGAGAACCAGCCGGUCCAGAUCCCCAUCGUCACCUGCGACUUCGCGAGCGACGUCAGCACCUCCGAGGCGGAGCCCGGAGGGGGCGGCAUCCCCCUGGAGGAGAAGGACACGCUCAAGGUGACGAUGCCGCUGCCGGGUCAGAAGAUCGCGUCGAAGGCGUGUCUGUCGGUGAACGGCGAGGGCCAGUCGAGCCAGAGCAUCCCGAUCCGGUGUCGAGCGCCGUCGGUGGGCAUCGACGUGGACAUGGUGUCGGAGUUCGACCCGUCGUCCUCGGACAGCGGGGUGGUGUCGCGAUGCGCGGUGGUGAAGCCGCUGAAGCGGCGACUCUGCCAGCCGAUCUUCGGCCGGAAGACGAUGGCCAAGCUGAAGCGGGACCACGGGGGCGGGGGCGGGGGCGGGGGCGGCGGCGGCGGCGGGGGUGAGGGGGGCCGACACGGCGGGAAGGACCCGGGGGUGGAGGCGAAGCCCCCCAAGCCCCGCGACCCCGAGAGGGAGAAGCGCCGGCUGGCCCGGAAAAAGGAGAAGCGCGCCACGCUGAUCCUGGGCCUCAUCAUGGGCAGUUUCAUCGCCUGCUGGUUCCCCUUCUUUUUCCUCUACAUCGUCAAGCCGCUCUUCCCGGACCUGGACAUCCCCGGCCGGGCCUUCACCGUCGCCUUCUGGCUCGGCUACACCAACUCCGCCCUCAACCCCGCCAUCUACACCGCCUUCAACAAGGACUUCCGCAGGGCCUUCCAGAGGAUACUCUGCAAAUGA